UAUAACACGGAAGUACUUUGUUUUGAUUUCGCAGUCAACUGUCAGGAUAUGUUUUAUGCUGCCGAGGCUGCCUUACUGUUUAGUUGAACGAAAAUACGUCGUCGAUUACACAUUCUGCGGUACCUGAAGUAUGUGGUCGAUAUUUGUGUUAUUUGGUUGUUAUUUUAGGUGGAUUUUAACGCGUCAGGCACAAUUCAGUGUAUCAUCGCUGCACAAUGCAAGAGUCAAAUAACAUCGGCAGAUAAGUUUAUCUCCGUCUUUAAUCAUGGAGGAGCCCACAGCCUCCGACGUGUUCUGCAACAGGAUGCUGAGCAUGGUGAACUCUGAGGACGUCAACGCCAUCAUCCAGGCUCAGAGACACAUGCUUGACCGGUUUGAGAAAACCAACGAAAUGCUAAUCAAUUUCAACGGCCUGUCAAAUGUGCGACUGCAGCAAAUGAACGAACGCUUCUUGCUCCAUACGCGUACACUUGUGGAGAUGAAGAAAGAUCUGGACAGCAUCUUCCGAAGGAUCAGGACGCUAAAAGGGAAGAUUGGCAAGCAAUAUCCUGAAGCUUUUAGUAACAUCCACGAGUCGCCCAUCUUGGAGGAUGACGACGACGUCGACUUCGACCCGGCACCCCCUAGUGGUGCCACGACCAUCACGACAGCCACCUCGGGCCAGAGCACAGACUCCUGCGACACCAGCCCGGACGUCGUCUCACCCACAGUGAGCAGAUGUUCCGGAGAGCUUUCGCAGGACCCACCCGAUACGCCCACGUCUGACGCCCAUCACACGGCCGGCCUCCAGGACGAGGGUCCAGACUCUGUGCCUGCUGAGUCGUGUUAGGGGUGCGGAUGGACUUGAGUUAUGACAACUGAGCUUCAACAUCUUUUUUAAACUGUGUUUGUCCCUUUAGUGUUUGCACACAUGAUUCUGAAGACGGCUUUUUGGUGUAUGUUUAUCAGCACAUUUACUUUUGUCUUGCUUAUCAGGUAGAUGUUAUUUUAAUUAAUUUUAUAUUUAGAAAUCACCCUGAAGGAAUGUGUCAUGCCAUUUAUCAUGUAAAGGUACUGUUCUCCCUUGUAUAAAAUGUUAAAGUAAUAGAGGAUGAUGUCAUAAUGCAAGCUUUCGUGUAAAAAACAUGGAAUAUAGUCAUAAAUUUUAAAUUAGACCCAACCACUUCAUUGUCCAUUGGCAUGGAAGUGUGAUACACACAAAGAUCACAUCACAUCAACAAACACCACAAGUGUGCAAUCUUCUCUUGUUUAAUAGCCUCCAUCACAAGAGGGCGCAAAGUCAAAAAUCCAUAUGAAUAUGCCUACUUUGAUGAAAGGGGUAAAAAUAAUAUUGUCCAUACAACAUUAGCUACCGUAUAUACAUUUUGGUUAUGGUUUAAUUUAUUUCAAACAUGCAUGCAUUGGAAUGUAUGUUAUAAUUCCACAUGUCCGAAAAGGAGUAGGAAGAAUUGUAUUGUAUUGU